AUAAAACCCUAAUCAUGAAAGUGUUUGUGGUGCUUGCGAUCGCUGUAGUGUCUGGUUGCCAUGCCAACAUUUUCUACGCUGAUGAGCCGAAGCCCCAGUUGGAGCAGAUGACCGAUGCAUUCUGGGACUACGUAGCCAAAGCAACCCAAACCGCCGAAGACACCAUCCAGAUGAUCAGGAAGUCUCAGCUCGGACAGGAUGUCAAUGCCCGCAUCACAGAGAGCGCGGGGAUCGCUAGCCAGUACGCCGUCACUCUUCAGGAGCAGCUCCCACCUCUGGCCCAAGACCUGAUGACCAAGAUCACCCAGGAGGCAGAGGUGCUGAGAGAACGUCUGAGCCAAGACCUGACCAGCGUCCGUGGGAAACUGGAACCCUUCGCUGAUGACCUGAAGAUCCAGGUCCAGCAGAGAGUGGAGCUGCUGAAACAGGAGCUGGCCCCUUACGCCGAGUCCCUGGACUCGGACGCCCUGAGAGCCACCCUGCUCCAGAAGAGCGAGGAGCUGAAGACCAGCCUGGACCAGAGUGUGAAGGAGCUGCAGUCCCAGCUGGGCCCCUACACUGAGGAGCUGCAGCAGAAAGUGGACCUGCAUCUGCAGGAGUUCCAGAAAAGUGUGGCCCCCCUGGCUGAGAACCUCCAGAGCCAGCUGACCCACAGAGCAGAGCUGGUGCAGCAGAGCCUGGCUCCCUAUGCUGAGGAUCUGAGGGAGAAGCUGGACCCCUAUGCCCAGGACCUGCAGGCCCAGCUCACCUCCCUCUACCAGAGUUUCUCCAAAACCAACUAAACCUGACACGCCAUCACCACUCUCCCCAUUACUCUCUGAGUUUUGAAGGCCUACUUUGCAGUUCUUCCAUCUAACUGUCUAUAAUAGUGGUCCGCCCUGCAAAUUUUCAUUUUCUGUACUGUAAAGCAACCUAAUAGAAAUGGGCAUAGGCCUUGAAUGUUAUAUUUAUUGAGUUUUACAGAAAACCAAACCUUUAAGCCUAUCAAACAUGUAAAUAUGUUUUACUUUAUGCUGUGAAGUUUGAAAUAUCCAUGUUUUGUCAUUUCAUUAAUUUAUAAGAAGAAAUAAAGUGAACAUACAAAA